AUGACUCCUGAUCUGCUGAGCUGAGUCCGGUGGUCUAUCAUGACUUGACGGUGUGCAAUACCAAAGGUAUGCACAUCCACACAACGAAAGAUGGUCGUCAGAAAGCAACCGUACCUGCCCACAAUGCCACUUGGUCUCUUUGAUUCACAGACUGCUGAAGCAACACCUUUUCGCUGGUUCUCAUUGAUGGUUCUGAAACUGCGAAGUGAAAAUGAAGCGCCCUCUUGUUCUGAUCUUGGCAUCGGUUCUUUUCACGAUUGCCACACGCGCUCCCAAUGUUGUUGUGGCUCAAGUUACGGUCGUGAAGAAAGACUGCUUCGCGAAUUCGACCGAAGCUGCCGUUAGCUUUCCCGCUGGCAGCGUUAGUCUGGGUGUACUGAUGCAGAGUGGAGGCGAUAUAGGCACUGAGCUGGAGGCGUUAGUGCGUCUCGCGGCCUUUCAAGUCAACAGCAACCCAUCCAUGCUGGUGUCUUCUGAUGGCACAAAGCGCACGUUGUGCAUUCUGAGCUUGCCUGCUCGCCUGGAUCCGUUCUCAACGUUUCAGGCGGCUCUGAAGGUGGCAGGUAAUAAUGUGACCGGCGUGAUCGGACCAAUGUGGACGUCCAUCGGGGAUAUCGUGGCGCCGCUGGCCAACAAAGCAAACAUCCCGUUCAUCUCACCUGCCGCCUUCACCACGGCAUUUCACGUUACGCAGGGCUCCGGGCCGGACAGCAACGACAGAAUGCCGUACCUGCGGCGCAUCUGCUGCAACAACACGCACACGGCGAAGGUUAUCAUCGACAUUCUGAACGCGCUUAGCUGGAAGCGAGUAGCCUUGUUAGUCACGGACACGGACUACGGCCACAGCACCUCGCAGCAGUUCAGCGCGUUGGCACGACGGAAUGGCAUUGUCAUUCUCACCACAGUGUUCGUUCCACCAGAGGUAGGAACAAGCGAAAUCAAGAAAGACCUGUUCGACAACAUCAAGAAGCUGCGGACAAGAAUCAUUGUGAACUUCCUGUGGGACAAGCAAAUGUUUGAUGUCCUGCAGGUGGCCAAUGAGUCAGGCCUGGUCGGACCAACGUACGGCUGGUUGUUUGCCGAGCUGAUCAUGGAACGUGCAGAGCUGCAAGCAUACAUCGCCAACGACACGGCUAGAGCGAGCUUGUUCGAGGGCGUGCUCUUCACACACCUUGCCUCGUCGGCCCAACGGGGCUCGUCGGCCAUGGAGAACCUGCGGCAGAACUGGCCGGAGGUGGCUCGCUGGUACCCGGAUGUAUUUCAAAGCGACGAGAACAACACGGUGAAUACGUAUGCCCUGCUGACUUAUGAUGCCACCAUGCUCUAUGCCAUUGCACUGAACAAGACGUUAUCUACCAAACCAGCCAGCACCGAGUUUGACUUCCGUACCACUCCCAUCAUCAACGGCCAGCUCCAGUUGCCGACGUUCGUGAACGGCUCAGACCUACUGAGUGCUCUGAGCGACAGCGUACAGAACGGUCCGUCGGGACAGGUGAGAAUUGAUGUCGAUGGAGCUGUGGUUCGUGACUCCGACUACUCCGUGUUCAAUGCGGAGUGUAACGGCAAUGUCACGAACGUGGCCUCGUGGAAGAGCUCGGAUAUUCUUAAGCUCUCCUUGCCCCCCACCGUUCAGUGGCAUGGCUGCGGGUUCCAACCGCCGGACGACGAAGACACCAGCGAAGGGCAGACCUUGCGUGUGCUCGUACCACGGAACGACGAGCCUUUCAUAUUCUACGAUGCCAACAAAACCGGCUCGGCGGCAUUCACAGGCUUUGCCAUCGAUCUGCUCAAGUACUUUGCAGAAGAGGCGAACUUCAAGUACGAACUUCAUCUGAACAACGACUCUUGGGAUGAGAUGGUGCAGAGAGUCGGCCGCCCGGAUACGAUCUACGACAUGGCAAUAGGUGAUAUCACAGUGACUGCGUACAGAGAGUUGGUGUGCGACUUCACCAGCUCCUUCUUCCAGAGCAACUAUCGCAUACUCGUCAAGCGACCGGACUCGGGUUCCGGCUCGGGCCUGUGGCAGUUCUUCGACCCGUUCAGCUACGGCGUGUGGUUGAUGCUGCUUCUCUUUCUCAUCUUCUCUGGUGGCAUGUUAUACUUCCUGGAACAUUGGCACUUGCGGCACGUCUCUCCCGGUCUGGCCGAAACGCUGUGGGUCUCCUUCUCAACGUUCUACUCCACACAGAAAGCGGAGAAGAUCACGAGCAACUACGGCCGAUUCUACCUGAUCGUGGCCUGCUUCAUCGUGAUGGUUAUCAACGCCGCGUUCACGGCGAACAUGACGUCGUUCCUACUGGACAAUGACAUCACCUUACCCUACAGCACUCUGCAACAGGUUGGUAAUGAGCCGGUGGGGGCGCUGGCUGGCACGGCAACGUGGCGCUACCUCAAGGACAUUCAGCACCUGAACAAACUCGUUGAUAUUGGCUACAGUGAGGCCGUUGGUGCCCUGACGUCGGAUAAGAUCAAGGUGUUUAUCAACAACGAGCCGUCGCAAAAGUACCUGUCCCUGCAGAACUGCAGCGUGGCAAUCAGCGGCGACAGCUUCCAUCAGGAAAAGUACGCGUUUGCCCUGAAGCGCAGCUCGCCGAUGCGCAACCGCAUCAACAGCGCCAUUCUGAACGCUUGGGACUCCGGGUACAUUGAGGACCUGUACUACCGGCGCUUCGUCUGGAACGACCCGUGCAAGGCCAAGUCCAGCGACACGGAUGCGCUCAAGCUGUCCAAUGUCGGCGGCCUGUUCAUCAUCGUUGCCGUGGCCGCUGUGGUCUGCCUGAUUGGACACUUCACACUCGGUCACAUACAGAAACGGAGGCCGAACUUUGGCAACUGGUCGCUGUGCAUGGACACUCCUCCGCCGCUGGGUGAGAUCGACGAGGACAACAGCACUGGGCAUCGAAGCAUGCGCACGCGGCUGGCCGAGGGACCGCUGUCCAAAAUCUACACCACAUUGUCCAACAAGUAAGGGGAAAAUGUUCAGCGGGUCACGCCUGAUUGCAUGCUGAACCUGCUCCGAACUUCACUCAAACUCACUAGCAUAUUUACUUCUCAACUAGCCAGUGCCUUUUUGGUAUCGAUUCUGUGUAUCACCGUGCCGCGGUCAAACAAUCUUUUUUAUUUUUUAUUUUUACAGAUGCCAUUCCAUCAACCUAUUCCGGACUACCAUGUAUUAUGAUAAUAUUAUGCCGUUGUAGCCCGAACACAUUGUCCAUUGCUCUGUAGCCAUUUUAUAGGUGGAUGCAAGGUAGGCACGAGCCCAUUUUCACUUUUAAAAUACACCAUUUUCCGAUCGCUAGUAUUGAGAGAAUACAUGUAUAACUUGCAUGUUCGGUACAUGCUUCGUGACCGUACACCACAAACAAAGUAUAGGUUAUCCUAGCAAGCGUUUCAGCCAUGAUUUAGAAAUCUGCAUACACCGGCACCGAGCUAGACACAUGUACUAUCAAUCUAUCAUGCAACAAUUAACUUUUCCCAGAGUAAGAAUACUUCAGAAUCCGCUUGGACACCUCCUACAGCUUGAUAUCAGAACUUGUUUUUUUUUAACUCUGUGUUUCAGGCAGACCGGCACAGCUCCAUUUGCUAACUCCUAUUCACUCUUGGUAGAUUAUUAUUUUCCUUUUGAGGCCGCAAUCCUGGUCACGUGUUUAUGCUGAGCCUCGCAGGAUGGUUUACACCAGUGAGUCGUGAAAGCCCGGGUUUUCACGACUUCCUGUUUACACUGACGGAAACUAGAAUGUUACAUAAUUUACAGCGAAGACUGCAAACCUGGUGCAUU